GCAGCAUUCUAACAGGUCCGAAUACUGGAUCCUUGCGAACCAACUCACGGAAGAGAGGGGGGAAAAAAAUCAAUGACCGUCCUCGUUUGCCAAAGUGUAGAGCGCUGUGUGUAAAACAUAAACUUUGCUUGAGUUAAUGUGACGUGAAUAACGCGCUAAAGAGCUCUUUGGCAGCCAGAUUAUCUGAAAAUCAAACCAUGUGAGACAGCUCGUCUACAAAAGCUCUGAAAUAUGUUGGAUUGCCCAUAUUUCCUGGGAAGUGUUGACCAGUCCAUCUCGGGUCGCCCACAGCACGAAAUCAGCACAAGUUCAUGAACAAACUUCCGCUUGACUGUCCAAACUCAGCCACAGGUAAGUGUUGUUUGUGUUCAAACAGCUUCUAGAUAGCAUUUUUUUUUUCAUUCUUUUGCGGGCUGUUUCAGGAAAUCAUAGAAAAUAAAGAAGCCGGCUGUUCGCAAUUAAUGCGACCGAGUCUUGCCCCAGUGCCUCGGGUACCAUUAAAAGACUGUGCUCCAAAUGCGAGGAAGUAAGCGGAGAAGAUGAGGCUUCACAGUACAGGUAACUUCAUUGCCAGCACAUUGAAAUCUGCUGGACUCAUUGUAUCUUCAAGAUAAGUACUUUAUUACCGGUACAAGGCAAUUUAUUGCAAAAUGUUAAUUGAGGGCUUUAAACGAAUGCAGUUAAAAAGGACGGUGCUCAUCUACGUUGUACCAGUGAUUACAGUUUUUAAAAAGCGCUUAGUCAGAUGUAAAACGCCUUUGAGGCCGUAAAAAGCAUGAUGUACGCAGCAAAUGUAAUUCCUGCACUCCUGGGCGAAUGAGGAUGCAAAAUGCACUGCUAAUGACUUAAGCUGUCAGGGAUUUAGCAAUAAAUUUUAAGUACAAUAGCGAGCGUAUCGCGGGCUUUUCAAAACUAGAGAACGACUGGGAGUGUUGAUUUACUUCUAGUUUUGUUCAAUUUCAAUAACUAAUCAGGAAACGAACACCCUAUACCUGACUGAAACGACGCUUCUGUGGCGUCUUUCAUAUAAUGAAACAUAUUUAACGGGAACCUGAUCAAAAAUCGGAACCGAGCUACAGUAAGCAGGUAACAAAGUGUAGAGCUGGAUGAACCCUGCUGUGUUUGUCCAGCUCCACACUUUGUUAUCUCGGAUUCUCCAGCAUCUGCAGUUCCUAUUGUCUCUGAUACAGUAAGCAGGUAUUGGAUGACGUGUUGAACAUUUUGGUUAGGGGGAAGGUUUUAACGAGUGUUUUAGGAGAGGAAAGCCAAGAGAAAUUUGACGUGUUUGAUGGUCAACAGUCCUGGAUUUCUCCGCUUGUCAUUUCAAAGGCAGCUGACUGGAGUCACUUAUAAAUUUGCGACGAAGUUACCGGCGAGUGUGUAAUUGUGGGAAAUCGUACUGUUAGAAAAUGAAGCGUCGUCACAGUAGACACCCCAGUCUGAAAAUAGUCCUGAAGAAAUCAUGAUGGACUCGAAAUGUUAACGUUGUUUCUCUCUGUCCACAGAUGCUGCCAGACCUGCCGUGUUUCUUCGGCAUUCUCUGUGCUUGUUUCAGAUUUCCAGCAUCUGCAGUAUUUUCGCUAUGCCGUCGAAAACAGAUCCCCGACAGGCCGGCAACAGCCUUCAAAUGAUUUGUUGAUUCUAUUUCUUAAUUUCUAAUUUCGCAAUUUUAUCGGUGACCCCCGCGGGAGGAAUUGGCUGUGUUUUUGCAGCCCUGUGCAAUGCCCCGGGUGAUUGUUUACAAUUGUGCCUGAACUCUGACUGGCAUUGCUUGUUUAUGUUGUUAGGAGUCCAGAUGUGAAGGCACAGUUAUUUGCUUUAUCCAAGCUGACCAGUUAGAGAAACUAGUUCAGAUUGUUUUUACAACCUGCGCCUUUAUGUUUUGAUAACAUUUCAGGACGCCACACGAACAGUUCCAGAUUCAACUUGUCAGCUGUGACCGCUCUUUAGCAUCUGAAAGAGAUCCAGCAAAAACAGCGGAACCUUAAAGCAGGUGAGUACGGAAAUCCCAGCGGAACAGUGCAGCAACUUUGACCCGGGACCAGGUACCACCCGGUGCGGCUUGACCUGCUGAAGCAAGGAGAGUUCUUGCUGCCAAUGGACAUCAAAGAGGUCUGUUAAAGCAGAGGAAUGGCGGUGAUUCUCCCCCUAAACAACGAGAUCUCUCCCCUCAACUCCGAAAAAGAGGGCUCGGAGCCCAUUAAAGACGAGGAUUACAAGGAGAAUGGCGUGUUGAUUAAGAACUCCAUUUCCGGCCACAAGCUUUCCGAAGACGACGAUAAGUCACCCUCCGGCAGCUUGGAGAAAGGGGACGCGGGCCGUAUGUUCAAUGGGUACUCGGCUGUGCAGAGCCCAGGGGGACGGAGCAGCCCCGGCGAUGGAGACCGAGCUGUUCCCCUGGCCUCAACGCCGCUGCAGGAGAUCGACAAGGCGCCGGCUACAGCCCGGGAAACCUGGAGCAAAAAAGCCGACUUCUUAUUCUCGGUCAUCGGCUACGCGGUGGACCUGGGCAACGUCUGGCGUUUCCCUUACAUCGCGUACCAGAACGGGGGCGGAGCCUUUCUCAUCCCCUAUCUCCUGAUGGCUGUGUUUGGAGGCAUCCCACUCUUUUAUAUGGAGUUAGCAUUGGGACAGUAUCACAAAAAUGGAGCAAUUUCUAUAUGGAGGAAAAUAUGCCCAAUUUUCAAAGGGAUUGGAUAUGCAAUCUGUAUAGUAGCACUAUAUGUUUCCUUUUACUACAAUACCAUUAUCGCCUGGGCUUUGUACUACCUCUACUCAUCAUUUACUUCUGAGCUCCCAUGGACCAGCUGUAACAAUAAAUGGAAUACUCAGAACUGCACCCAAUACUUUGUAAAAGAUAACAUCACCUGGACCAAGUACUCCACCUCUCCUGCAGAAGAGUUUUACAUUCGCCAAGUACUUCAGGUUAACAAAUCAAACGGAUUGGAUGACCUGGGUGGCAUCAGCUGGCAGUUAGCACUUUGUCUCUUCUUUAUAUUUGUUGUGGUGUAUUUUAGUAUUUGGAAAGGUGUAAAGACUUCUGGAAAGGUUGUGUGGGUGACAGCCACUCUCCCCUAUGUUGUACUGUUUAUCCUCCUGAUACGCGGUGCCACUCUACCUGGAGCCUGGAGAGGACUGCUGUUCUACCUUAAACCUGAAUGGAACAAACUGCUUACCACCCAGGUGUGGGUGGAUGCUGCUGCACAGAUUUUCUUUUCUCUUGGCCCAGGAUUUGGUGUGCUCUUGGCAUUCGCCAGCUACAACAAAUUUAAUAACAACUGUUACAAGGAUGCAUUGGUCAUCAGCACUGUGAACUGCUUGACCAGUUUCAUGUCUGGUUGUGUUAUAUUUACUGUCCUUGGCUACAUGGCAGAAAAGAGGAAUGAAGAUGUGGCAGAUGUGGCCAAAGACACCGGCCCCAGUCUACUUUUCAUUACUUAUGCAGAAGCAAUCACCAAUAUGCCUGCAUCCACAUUUUUCGCUAUAAUAUUUUUCCUAAUGUUGAUCACAUUGGGCUUGGACAGUACGUUUGCAGGCCUGGAAGGAGUGAUAACAGCAGUACUAGAUGAAUAUUCAGAGCUACUUCGAAAACGUCGUGAAUGGUUUGUGCUGGGCCUGGUCAUAGUCUGUUAUUUGGGAGCUCUGAGCACCCUGACAUAUGGUGGAGCAUUUGUGGUGAAGUUUUUUGAAGAAUAUGCUACUGGAGCUGCUAUCAUCGCUGUUGUUUUUCUAGAAUCAAUAGCAGUGUCUUGGUUUUAUGGAAUGAAACGUUUCUGCAGGGAUGUUAAAGAAAUGCUUGGCUUUAGCCCCGGCUGGUUCUGGCAGAUAUGCUGGUUUGCGAUUAGCCCAAUAUUCCUACUGUUCAUCAUUGGCAGUUUCCUGUCAGCUCCUCUCGAGCUUAAGCUCUUUAAUUAUACAUAUCCCUAUUGGACUGCAGUAGUUGGCUACUGCGUUGGUACUUCAUCAUUUAUCUGUGUUCCGUCCUACAUGGUUUACAAAAUUAUAAUUACACCAGGAACAUUUAAACAGCGAAUUUUGAGAAGUAUCACUCCAGAAGUUGAAGAAAAUGAAACUCCUAAUUCUGGUGUCCACCUGAAUUCCGUCUGAUACAACCAUGAGUGCUCUUAACUUCCUGGACUGACUGCUAAGAUCAGUCAAUGGUAUUUGAGAGGUCAAAAUCAUGAGCCAAAUUAUAGACAUGAGGAGACAGAUCAAUCCUCAAAAAGCAGCUUAAUGAUGUCAGUAUUCCCUCCCAGUUCUUUAGACUUUUGCUGUUCUACUGGGGUCAUUGUAUAUUCUUGGCCCCACACACACACAUACACAUACACAUACACAGAAGCUCAAUGGUAAAAGUCAGCAAAAAGGUAUUCCUUUUUAUGUCUACAGAACAUUAU